GGCGAGGAGUUGUAAUCGGGGGACAGGGAAGGGCGCCAGUGAGCAUGCUCCGUUCGCACUGACAUUGGAUGCCAGCUCAGUUUAGCUCGCACACACAAGCAGGCAGCUGCAGGGACACCUAACUCACUGCAGGGGACAAAAAGAUCACCGGCAGGAUAAAAACAAGACCAGGACUCUGCUCCAGACUUUCCCAUCUGUUCCUCCCAGGACACCCAGAGCUCUGAGCGCCGGUUUCCCCCGCCUGUAAAGGGUCGUUCCUGUAGAAACGGCUUUUAUUUUUUUAUUUUAAUUUUUUUAGAAAUGGCUUUUUGGAAAUCAUGUGUCUGUUAGACUCUGCAGCAGAGGAGGGCAGAAGAGUUGUUGAAAAUCUGGCAGGAGGAGGAGAGACGGUGGAACUUGGACACGGAUAGGUGCUGGAGGAGAUGUAAUGAGUUGGCUGCACUGCUUCAGUCUGUCGGAUGUUUUUUUUUUUUUUUUUUUUUUUUACUCAAACAAAAAUGAAACCUGUCCUGUGAGAUGUUCCUGUUUUAGUUUCACCGAUUCCUGACAGCCAGGUUGGAUGGGAGCUCCUCUCACUCAUCAGCUGCUCUUCCCAAACACUUACCUCACCAACAGGAUUUUCUUUUUUUUUUUUUCUUUUUUUUAUUUCACUCUCAGCCCUGCUUCUGCCUCCUGAUCCGACGUUUGUUUUUUUUUUCUCCUGACUGCUAAGGAUCCCGUUCCUGUUGCGUGGACACCGUCUUUGUUUCUUUACUACAACAGCGCCUGGAUCGUCACGGCCUUCCCGUACUGGGGAGUGGGAGGAAGAAACGUGAGCCCGUGUUUGGGGCAGCGGCAGCGGCGCGUAAUGGUUUGUGUAGAAAAGGCCGGAGUAAUGUGGCACGGGGGGGCUGCAUGAAUGUCUGCGGUGAAAUCCAAGCCAGCAAGCCAAGCUCCACAUUCUCCACCCUGGAAUUCCCUGUUCAGACUCUUCCCGUGUGUGGCCGCGAGGAGCGUCCGCUCGACUGAAGAGGUCCCCACAUUUCAAGGUCAGACGAAAGCCUUCUUUGGAAAUCUUAUGGACGAAGAAAUGAGUCGCCAGACCGCCACCGCGCUGCCCACAGGAACCUCCAAGUGCCCCCCCUCUCAGCGCGUGCCCACCCUCUCGGGCACCACCGCCUCCAACAGCGACCUGGCCAGCCUGUUCGAGUGUCCUGUCUGCUUCGACUAUGUGCUGCCGCCCAUCCUGCAGUGUCAGUCCGGACACCUGGUGUGUUCCAACUGCCGGCCCAAGCUCACCUGCUGUCCCACCUGCAGAGGUCCGCUGGGCUCCAUCAGGAACCUGGCCAUGGAGAAGGUGGCCAACUCGGUCCUGUUCCCCUGCAAGUACGCCUCGUCGGGCUGCGAGGUCACGCUGCCGCACACCGACAAGACGGAGCACGAGGAGCUGUGCGAGUUCCGGCCGUACUCCUGCCCCUGUCCCGGCGCCUCCUGCAAGUGGCAGGGAUCGCUGGACGCCGUCAUGCCGCACCUGAUGCAUCAGCACAAGUCCAUCACCACGCUGCAGGGAGAGGACAUCGUCUUCCUGGCGACGGACAUCAACCUGCCGGGCGCGGUGGACUGGGUCAUGAUGCAGUCCUGCUUCGGCUUCCACUUCAUGCUGGUCCUGGAGAAGCAGGAGAAGUACGACGGGCACCAGCAGUUCUUCGCCAUCGUGCAGCUCAUCGGGACUCGCAAGCAGGCCGAGAACUUCGCCUACCGGCUGGAGCUUAACGGCCACCGGCGCCGGCUCACCUGGGAGGCCACGCCCCGCUCCAUCCACGAGGGCAUCGCCACGGCCAUCAUGAACAGCGACUGCCUGGUGUUCGACACGUCGAUCGCGCAGCUCUUCGCCGAGAACGGGAACUUGGGCAUCAACGUCACCAUCUCCAUGUGCUGAGAGCGACCCACAGACGAGCGUGAGAGUGCCAGAUUGCCGGGGAAGGGGCUGUUAUUAUAGGGGGCCCGAUCAGCGAGGAGCCCGCGGCCCCUCUCUCUCUCUGCUACGCCCCUGAGACGUGGAACUGGACUGUGUUCGGGCAGCGUUGAAGGCCCAGGGGUGAUGAAUGGAUGGAUGGAUGGAUGGAUGGAUGGAUGGAUGUGUGGCGUGUGUUAAAAAACAAGGACGUAAAUGUAGUGGACAUCUAAAACACUUGUGUGAGACUCGUGCACGCGCAUGUGUCAUAAACCCGGAUUCAAAGCGAGGAUGUGUUCAGACUUUCCGUUCUUUUUUUUGUUUUUGUUUUUCUGUGUCCGACCCAGACGUGUUUUUUUUUUUUUUGUUUUUUCCCUCCAUGCCGUCAUGUCAACGUCCCGCUGUCCUCUCGGCGUCCCCUCGGUCCUCCUCAGAGGUUUCAGGAUGAGGACGGCCGCCGCGUCGACGACCAGACCCGGUGAUACGAAGCUAGCCUGCUACCUAGCUUCCCUUAUGUUUCUGAUUUUUCCGGCUGCUCCCGUCGGCUCAAACUGGGAACUUUUGGACCCGUUUUCCUGAACCUUCGUCCUCCCUCCUGACCGACACGGUACCGAUGGCAGCAACCGGAGUUACCCGACCGGAACCACGCUGAGCUCACCGCGUUUUCCAUCCGGACCGGAUCGAGAGGUCUCAAAGCGAACCUCAGCUGCUCUUUCCGUAGAUUCUGGUGGAUUUGUUUGGAUUUAAGGGAGGCGCUGGAUUACAGGAGGUUAAUUUUAGUUCAGAAAGUUCUGUGCAGUCCGGACCGGGAUGAGCUGAGGGGAGACGUGAGGGGGGGGCGCUGCGUUUCAGUCGGCGUUAGGCUUUUAUUUCCCGGGUUUCUUUUGUUUUAACGUCUUUUUUUUUAGUUUUCGUCGGAGAGGACGACGACCUCCGGCUGUCUGUGUGAAAACCAAGCCGCUCUCAGCCGCUCACUCAACACCCAACCUGGAACGAGGGACACUUUCUACUGUUAAAAACAUUGCUGUUGUUAUAAAUAAUAGAAAUAUCAUAAUUCUCAUUUUUUUUGUAUUGAAUUUUAAGAAUUAAAAGGCAGUUGUAAAAGUUGUGGCUAAACUUCAGUGUUUGUAGUUGAAAAGAAGUCUGUUGUCCUCUGAAGGUUUGUGGACAGUUUUCAUUCUCUGUCCUCCUCUUUCGUUUCUACCUUUUUUUUUGUUUUCUUCUCUGUGGAGGGAAGCCUCCCUCGUUCUUCUCGUGGAGUCUCGUUAAACGUUGCUGCUCUUCCUCAGAAGCUCCACGACUUCUCUCUGUUUUCAUUUGUCAUUAAAUAAAUCUAUCUUUUUCAUAGAG